GCUGUAUUGAGGCCAUCUUUUUGUCUUGUUUCUUGUCCCUCCCUGGUAGGACUGUAAGUACAACACAUUUUGUUUUACGUUUGCGAAUGCAAUUGCAAAUAAUAUUUUAACACAGUAAGGAUGAACGACGAAGUACCAGAGGAGCUUUCACCACGAGCUGAGAUCUUUAGGUCAAAGCUAAUUGAAGAUUUCCAGCUCAUCGAUAUGAUCGCAAACAGGGGCAGUGCUGAAGCUCCAAAGUAUUAUUCUAAUGAAGUAACAGGUACGUUGUACUAAAAAGGCGCUUUUCUGGUUUAUUUAAUACUGUAUUUUUUUCAAUAAUUCGAUUUCCAUCCGAAAAACCCCUUGAGAUUACAGUGAUUGGGAGUCUUGUCGUGACGCCUUGCAGGGAGGAUUGCGAUAGGAUCUGAUGGUUGACAUGGUUGGCAGUUAAAACGGUUUUCGAGCGCAUCACCAUUAAAGUUACGAAAGCCUAAUGUCAGUUUUACUUAUACAGUAUAAUAUUGCAAAGUAGCUAGUAUAUUUUCACAAAUAGCUAAGCGUAUUUUCACAACAAACUUCACUUGACUUAAUUUCAGAUGAUGAAGUCAUGAAGCAACUUCUUAGAGAGUCGCCUCAGGGACUGAUCAAAUUCCAAAUGUACACUAAGAAAGACGAACAACGUUUCACAGAUCGUAGAUUGAACAGAGUAAAAAAUAAAAACACUAUUCCACUUGGUCCUUGGGCUCACACAGUUAUAGAAGGUAAAUCUCUAAGCUAAUAUUUCUUGAAGAUAUUUUGGGUCAGACUUGUGCGCAAGGUAAUGGAUAUUAAUUUACUUGUUCGUUUUUCCUUUGGUCAUCAGAUCCAAAGUUUCAAAACUUCCUGAUGGUUUUGAUUAUCACAAAUUCUAUCGUUUUGGGAGUGCAAGCUGGUGAGUGAAGGCAAAAUGUGUAUGCCGAGGUGUAGUGGUUCAUUUUUGUUGAUGUUUUAAUUCCUUUGUUUCAAACACAUUAUCAUACACUACUAUGAGUUGAAACCAAUUUUUUUUUUAACAGAAAUUUCUAAAAUAAAAGAACCGUCACUGUAUGCCCUGAAACUCUGCCUUCAGAUAUUUGAUUACUGUGCAUUGACUAUAUUUGUGCUUGAGAUAAUCCUUAAGUGGAUUGAUGGGUUCUGGAAGUUUUGGAACAAUGGUUGGAACAUCUUUGACUUUCUUGUUACAUUAAUGGUGAGUACUCUGUCAAUUAGCUAAUCAAUCAAUCAGUCAAUCAAUCAAUCAAUCAACCAAUCGAUCAAUCACUCAGUCAAUCAUUCAUUCAAUCAAUCAAUCAACAUUAAUAGUAAUGGUUAGUACUCAGUCAGCCAAUCAGUCAUUCAGUCAAUCUGUCAAUCAACAAACCAAUCAAUCAAUCAAUCUGUCAAAAUCAAUUAAUAAUCAGUAUAUCCCACCAUAUAAACAUUUUUUUUCUUUUUUUUUUCUUGAAUCAAUGAUUCCUCUCCUCAUCCCUUUGUAAGUUUAUUUUUUGGAUGAUUUUAACCAGACUAAAGUAUGUUCUGAUAUUACUUUCUUUUCAGUCAUUUGUGCCUGAGUUUAUACAGCUUUUGUCGGGUAAAAACACAGCAGAACUUGCUGUUAUUGCUGAAAACCUUCGAGUGUUCCGAAUCUUAAGAUCACUCAAGAUGGUAAGUUAUCUGCUAGUGUUCUGAAGCUGAGUCAAUAAUUCAGUUAACAUAAUUCCCUUGAACUUGAAAAGGAUGUACUAUCCGGAUUUUUUCAAACUGGGUGCAAAACAUUGAAAAAAUACAAUGAAAGAUGGGGUCACUGUACUUAAUCUUGGGAGGCUUGCGCAUUAUCCUAAGUGUGUUUUACGGUGGGGAAAGAAUUGAAGAGCUUGCAAUGAUGUUUGUUUAAUUUUCAUUUUUACCCCAGAAACCCUCACAGCUUAGCCAUUUGCUCGCACGUUCUCUUGUGGCUUGCUUUGCUAGCGAGAAAUGGAAACUUGCUUGAAGGCUAGAAAAAGGGGACUCGUUAUCAUCCUAUUUAAAACCUUUUAGACAACAAAAGUGGCCUUUAUUUCUUUAUUACCUCUCCUCAGGCGACCAGCAAAAAUCACUGCCACCUUUGAUGUUGCAAUGUUAUGCGCGGUUAGGCAAUGUGCUGUGCAAAACAAGGGAAUAACCCAAUUAAGUAAUCAAUUUUUACAGCUUAAUAUAUUAAUUUUAACAGUUAGUAAUAUCAAUAUUACAGGUCUCAAGAUUUGCACAGUUAAGAAUCAUUGUUUUAACAAUAUUAAAAGCAUUCAAGGUAAUAAAAAUCAAUGUUAAAUAAACAUUGUUCAUGUAACUUUCAUUUCCACAAACCUUGAACCUUUUUUGCCUAAAGUGUCAGCAUCAUAAGCCCAGAGGGUUAUCUUAUUUGCAAUAUGUGCACUAAAAGUAAUGCUGUAAAACGCUUGAUUUGGAUUCAAAUCUCAAAAUAUGACACCGGGCCCCAAUAAGUGUUGACAAGUUUGAAAAAUGCCCCCCCCGCCUCUCCAGCCCCCAGUAAAGCAUAGAGUUAGUGAGUGGGGAAUUAUGACAUAACAGUUUUUUGUUGACUUUUUUACCACAAGCGGAAAGGUAAACAAUAAAAGGAAAUUUACCUUAUUUUAAAUUCCAGUCAAUGGCGUUUAUUCUGAUUUUGCUGAUGACAUUCAUGUAUAUUUUUGCUGUGGCUGGGACUGUCAUGUUUGCUUGCUACUCAAAGUCUGAGAGGACUGACCUCAAGUACAAACAGAGCUUCAGGUUUGAUAUUCAAACAGAUCAUUAAACUCUUUUUUUCAUUUGCUUGAUAUUCUUCAUUUUAUUACAUUUAGCAAAAUUAACAUUUUCUUUGUCUACAAAAAGAGCAAAUCAUUAAUAUUUUACAUCCUAGGAAACUUUGAAGUUAGAAAGAAAACAAAAUCUGUUAUGGAAAGAUUUAUUCAUCAUAUUUUGCAGUUCAAUCAAAGCAUGAUCUGUGAUAACCAAAGCACAAAAAAAAUUUAUUAUGUAGUAUAAAGUUUUCUCUUUUUUAUGAAUAUUGUUCUACUAAUUUGGUAGUGGUAUUUACAUGCUGUUCUGCCAGCAUUGAGGUGUUAUAACACAUAUUGGUAAUAGUCAGUAUUUGUGAGUCAUUGCUUUAUUAUAUUGCAGCACUCUUGGAAAUGCUCUUGUUACUCUGUUUCAACUCUUUACUUUGGAUCAUUGGUAUGAUAUCCUUAGAGAUCUUAUCAAGGUGGUUGAUUCUAUCACUGUAAAGAUCUACAUCAUCCUGUGGAUCUGUAUUGGGGCUUUCAUUUUUAGAAACAUCUUUGCUGGUAUUAUGGGUGAGUGUAUUUUAUAUAAAUAGAUAUUUUUCUUGACAAAAGAUUUCAGACUGAGUCCUUUUUAGUCACUCACUGGCCAAAACAGAUAGUAAGCAAUAAAGAAUGCAUGGGUCUUAAGUCUGAAGCCUUUUUUUAUAGUAAUGAAUUUUCAGAGCAUCCGCAAUGACUUCAACCAGCAAGUCAAACAACAGACUGAAGCACUGGAAGCUGAGCAGAUGAGGGUUCAUUUGGCAGAAGAGCUGGAACGUCAGGACAGAUUGCAUUCUAGAACAAGGUAACAGGUCCUUUUUUAAGACCUGCUCCAGCUGGUUUGAGAACCCCUUUGCUGUCAAUGCAUAGAACAUAUGUGAGCUUAGCAAAAUAAGCCACAAAUAAGAAUCAGAUUUUAUAGUCUGAAAAUGUUUUUUGUAAGCUUGAACUUGUUUCAAACUGAUAGUUGUUUUGUUCCAACAGACGGACAAGCAGCGUAGGUGUUCAACUGUUCCAGGAACGUGGAGGAAGUAAACAGGCAGGCACUAUGAUGGCUUUGAUGGAGGAUGACGAAGAAGACAAUUCAGAUGAUCAGGAAAAGAGUGAGGACCAAAACAAAUCAGUACCACCAAAAGGAGGAAAAGACAAGCCAACAGCAGAAACAGAAGACAAAUCAUCAGCUGACAAUAAGGACACAGCUGAUCCUUUGGCUGCUUUGGGAGAUAAACUUGCCAAACUCAGGUACAAAUAAAUCAAUGGUAUGUGAAACAAACUUUCAGACAAAAUAUUAACUGGUGAAGAAAAGAAGCAAAUUGGAAGACUUUUCUAUCCACCAAUAACAUAAUUCUGUAAUGUACCUUUAGCAAUAAGACAAAGAUGACAAACAGGAACAGGGGUAGCAGUCUCUGCUCUACUUAAGUUAAUUGUCUAUAGUAAAACCUUUUUUAGUGAAGUUGCUGGCAAAGCUUAUAUGUCUCUUAACUUGAAAUGAAUUUUCACAUGUUACCAAAACCUUUAGGGAAACAAGACGCCAGAGUACAACACAAAAUAGAGGCAAUGAUCAACAGUCCAAACAGGACAGUCAAGAGGAGUACACUAAUGACAAAGCAAAAGAAAUGACAAAUGGUUUGUUAGCAACACAUUUCAUCCUCUCCUUUUCCUACUGUAACAGUACUUCUUACUUAGACAACUAUAAUGUUUAGGUGGUGCAAAUUACAUGCAAACCUGCAUUUUCAUCAUGUCUGAUGAAAAAAGAUAUUUGUUUUUUAAUAACAAAAAUUAUUAUAAUUUUUUAUAUGUUUAUGGUACUCUUACAGAGUGGAUCACAACAGUUCAGGCAAAUCUGGUUCACCUGAAAAAUCACCCUGUGGAAACAUUGUGGCCAAGAGACACAUUAUUUAGGUAAAAAAAGUAGAAGAAAAAGAAAAACAAAUAUUGAGAAUUUGACACCAUGCAUGCGAACAGUAAAGUAUGUUGAAAUCAACUAGGAAAUAAGGCUGUGGUCUAGACGAACCCCAGUAGCCUACCUUGUGCACAUAAUAAUAAUAAUUAUUGAUAAUAAUUGUUAUUGAAAAAUUACUUCUUUGAACAUUGUCAUUGUUAUUGUUAUUAUCAAAACUAUCAACAUUAAUUUUGCAGGGCAAAACAUUUUAUAAUUUGGCAAAUGCAAGACUUGUUAUUUUGUACAUUCCUAAAUUGAGUAAUCAGUUAUUUAGAAGAACUUUUGAUCAGUUACCUCAAAGCCUUUAUCACGCAUGAUCUGGAAAAACAAUGUGGUAAAAAUUUUGUGAUUAUUUCUAUUUAUUGUCAGAUACUUUCAGCUGAUGGAAGCAUGGCAAGAAAAUCUUGCUGAAAGGCAGCAACUGCUACGCUUAGCUGGUAAGUCAUCAUUCAAAAUUUCAUCACAUGAAAAAUAA